AUGGGCACCGUUGAUCCACGCCGACCCAGUCUCAAGUCGAUAUUGAAGAAGACAUCCAAGUAUGACACGCACGACGAGGUUGGUCCCGAACCUACCGAUACGUCGGAUCCACCGCCAGCAGCAGGACAUCGCCACCGUCACCAUCGCGACAAGCAUCCACACGUCUCGCAACUCGCCUCGAUGCUGAAACCGACCCACGACGAGGAAGACUCGGAAGACGAGGUGGACACCGAACCUCGGACCCCGAAAGUCCUCAACAAGUCCACCCCUGGCGUCUCUUCGGCUGUCGACUGUUUCACCGAGCCACCACCGACGCCUCUAGACUCGCCGCUUGAAGAUCACGAGGAAGAGCUAUUCAACUAUCAGGGCCAAGUAGUGACCCGGUCCGCCAUGGAGCUGCUUGAGAUGGAGGACGAGAUCGCCGCUCGGGGUGGGUUGUACGAGCGGGACGGGGUCGUCAUGACCGCGAGCGCGUUGAGUCUUUUGCAAGCCCAAGAAGCGAUGGCUAGAGCUGAUACCGCCGGACAAGGCGAAUGGGGGCCCGACGAAUGGGACGGCAUCCGCGGCCAGUAUAUACCCAAAUGGGCGAGUCUUCGUCCCGCCCACCUCGCACUUGCCACGUCUCCUGCUAAGCCCACCUUGCGUCCUCUCACUCGAACUAACGAAGACGGGACCCGCCAAGAAGACUGGUUCGAACCCGACAUGGACCGGAUCGAGGAGCGCAACUUGUUACGGUUCGGCAUGGAGGGCGUGGUCGACUACAACUAUUGA